AUGCUUCGAACGAUCGGCGCGCUUCGGCGCGGCGCGAGCGGCGGCGCUGACGCCGCCUUGACCAUCCCCUCGCUUCCGAUCUCCCCGUCAUCGCCGUGCCAUUCCCGCGCCGCUCUCGCCUUCGUCGCUCUCUCCCGAUCACUAGCGUCGCUCCACUCGCCGCCAAUCUCCCCGCAAAUUCCGCUCCCGCAACUACCGCAAUCUCCCACUCCCACAGUCGCCUCCCCUUCCCAGCAGCAGCAACGAUCACUCCAUUCGCGCAUCUUCCCUCGCCCCGCCUUCAUCCCCGCUCCGUGCCUCCCCCACCCCCCCCUCCGCGCCGCCUCCCGCGCGCCCUUCUCUUCCGCCGCCGACUCCGCACCCCCCGACUCUUCUUCCCCCGAUCCGCCUCCCUCCGCUUCUCAUCCUCCCUCUGCCCCCAACUCGACGAAAACCCCAGCCCCGCCGACAGAGCGCGUAGGGAAGCUGGCGGACCAGAUCUUAGGGCUCACGCUGCUCGAGAUGUCCGAACUGACGGCUGUGAUUCGCAAGCGGCUCGGCAUGCCCGCGAACGCGGGCAUGGGCGGCAUGCCGAUGGGCAUGAUGAUGAUGCCGGGCGGCGCGGCGCCCGGCGGCGGCGGCGGCGGGGAGGCGGCUCCGGCGGCGGCUGUGGAGGAGAAGACGGCGUUCGACGUGAAGCUGGAAGGGUUCGACGCGGCGGCGAAGCUGAAGGUGAUCAAGGAGGUGCGGAGCAUCGCGGGGCUGGGGCUGAAGGAGGCCAAGGAGUUCGUCGAGAAGGCGCCCGUCGUGGUCAAGGCGGGCGUCAGCAAAGAAGACGCCGCCGCCAUCGCCGAGAAACUCAAGGCCGUCGGCGCCACCGUCGCCGUCGAUGCGGGAGAUGUGAGGAAGGAUGACGCUGGCUAG